GAACUUUGAUUUGUUGGCUAUCAAACCAUAUCAAACUGAAAAUGUAAUUUGUUUUCUUGCAUUGUUCGAUAUUCUCGCUCUACGCGCAAAGUAGCACGCAAACCUACUGAUAAUCGCAUCAAAUUAGAUAGACUCUGAAAAACAAUGUGACUCGUUUCGACACAGUGAUUUUAAAAUUAUUAGUAUACUUGUUGCUUUGAACAGUGAUGUUCUUCCACUGCCGUAAAAGAAAACAAAGUUGAAAUUGUUGUUUUUAUUUUUUUUGUUUUAUUUUUAUUUUAUAAUGUAAAGAUUCUAUUUACAAAUGUAGUGCAUUGUAUGUUUAAACUAUCAAAAUGAAAGUAAUUGAAGCAAAAAUUGUUGUUUUAGGAUCCCAAGGUGUGGGCAAGACGAGCCUCGUGGUGCGUUACAUAGGCAAGAUGUUCUCCAAGCACAUUUCGCCCACCAUCGGCGCGUCCUUCUUCACGUGUAACAUCAACGUCGACGACGCGAGGGUCAAAAUGCAGGUAUGGGACACAGCGGGCCAGGAGCGUUUUCGGUCUAUGGCCCCCAUGUAUUAUAGAAACGCGAACGCUGCCUUACUAGUGUUCGAUAUCACCAACCUGAACAGCUUCUCAGCAAUCAAGGGAUGGGUCAGAGAACUGCACAGUAACGUACAAGAGCCCAUGGUGCUAUCGAUGGUGGGUAACAAGUGCGACUUGGAGGACAAGAGGGCGGUGUCGCAAACAGAGGCGGCACAGUAUGCGGCGUCCAUCGGCGCUAACUACUGCGAGACAUCCGCCUUGCACGACCAGGGUAUAGACCAGGUGUUCCGCAGCACGGCCGCAGCGCUGCUGAAGAUGUCCAACACGGGUCCAGCGUCGCUGCGUUCGUACGACUCCGCGGAUGGUGAGCCCCACCGGCUGCCGUUUGGCAAUCCAAGCGAAGAAACAGCCACACAUACGGGCAAAGUGGAACUACCCGCGUGGAGUAUAGACAACAUCGCCCACGGGGAAAUGCAGAGGAGCAUGUGUUGCUGAUUGCGCGCCGGCAGGGGGCGCCGGUGUCGUCUUAUGAAAAUCUAAACGGGGACCAAGUGAAUGCAUUCCUGAAUAUAAUUUUAUACACAUGACAUUGCUUAAUAAUAUUAUAAAUGUGCAAACGUAAUUUUUGUAUGAACCCAAAAACAAAUAUGUAAAAACAGACAGACCGAUAGACAUUUCUAAAAAUUUUUGUCCUGGCGUCCAUUAGUCUUAUUGAUUCUUCUUAAAUAUCUCCUAUGUACAGAUUUAGUGAGGUUACAAUUUUAUUAUUUUAAAAAAUCAUUUAAUAUGUAAACACUAAAAAGUAUAAUGCACUAAAAAUACCAAGUAUUGUAUGAGAUUAAAUAAACAAUAACUCCAAUUGUAUGACCUUGAAAUCUUUCGCGUAUGUACUUAUUUUUUAAGCUAUUUUUGUGGAUGAGAAUGGUAUGGUAACCCCGCCUGCGCUAUCGGUAUACGCUGGCGGAGCACCAGUGAGGAAUGGUAGGUGAGGAUGAAGGCAGGUCAGUUAGAUCAUAGUAACUAUUUCGUAAAGAAUUAACCAAGACGACUUCCAGCAGGAAUGGCAUAGUGGUCUACCUGGCGGGGUGUAUCACCAGUAAAAUGCGGCUAGUGGAGGAAGGGAUUGUUAGUAAUGGGUAUAACCCGUUGCUAACUAUAUAUCCUAACAGAUCGACCUCCACGCGGUUCCCCCUGGAAGUCAUCGUGGUUAAUUCUAGUGGAAUUCAUUACAAUGAGCUAACUGAACAGCUUUUAUCGUCAUCUAUCACACACUGGUGCUCUGCCAGUGUAUACCGGAUAGCGCAAGCAGGGUUACCAUACCAUUUUAUGCCAUUAAAAAAGGAAUGAUGACUAAUUAUUGUUGUUAAUGGGGAUCAAUGUCCCCAUUAACUUGGUUACAGGUUGCUCUGUAAAUGGUAUAUAUAUAAAAGUUGAACGUUUACUGUCUUCUAUAUUGUAUACAAAUAUAGGAUAUGCAGUUAUUUAAUAAUAAAUAAGAAUACAUGGAAUAAAAUAUGUCGAGUACAAAAUAUUUCGAUAAUUCCUAUUUUUAACACUGCCGUUUUCUAAGUCGCAAAUAUAUUUUUUUAAUUUUUAUGUACCUUUUAAUGUAUUUGCAAUAUGUCGGCGACAUAUUUUAUAUUUACAGCGCCAUCUAACACUACGAUUUUACAACUGUAUUAUUUUUGUUGACGCUAGAUGGCGUUGUAUGCUUAUGCAAAUUUAUCAUGUUAAAAUACCUAGAUAGUUCGAAGAUAUAGAGAAUUUUUAAAUAACUACUUUAUGUAAAGAAUACUUAUAUUUUCUUUUUCUAAUUUUGGCAAAAGAUACAUUAUUGAUAGAUUUGCCCUUAAAAGCAGAAAAGAAAAAUAUAUUUAAAAAAGUAUUUAAAUCAAUAAGCAUUUGUUAUUAUUUUCUAUUUUACAUUACUUGUUAGUUAGGUCUGGAAUGUAAUUUUUUUUUCUUUACUGCUCUUUAACCCUCGAUUAAAAAAAAUAUAUUUUACUAUUUUAUUAUACAAAUAACAGCGUCUGUAAAAGACUUACACAGCCUUACUUAACUAUAAAACGUUAAGAUUUGACUUAAUACAAUAAUUAAAUUAACUAAUAUAACGAAUUUAUAUAAUAAUAUUUUGUAUAAUCUAAUUUUAUUGAACGUGAACGAUAAAUAAUGUGAUACUAUAUGAAUAAAAAUAUUUUUCCAUAA